AGUAUCUCAAAUCACCAAGAUGUUUUUGAUUUUUAUUUGUUUUUACCUCUCCCACAAUGCCACAUGUAUAUCGUCUGUAACACGAAGCUGCAGAUACUAUGACCUUUACUGACCUCAUUACCCGGCCAGAACCAGAACGAGGCUGGAAGAAAAUCGGAGAAGUUAUGUUAGCAAGCUGAAUUUGGUCUGAUUAUUCCUCUCCAAAAUGCCGCUUUUUGAAACGAUAGGACUUGGUGGCGAGAAGACAGCGGUUGUCAUCGAUAUAGGGACGUCAUACACAAAGUUAGGCUUUGCUGGAGAAUGUGGACCUCGUGCCAUCAUCCCUAGUGAGGUGAAAAGACAGCAAACAGGGAAGGUUGUUAGACUAGAAGACUACUACAACACAAACCAAGAUGAACUGUUUGCUGUGCUGGUUGAGUUUCUACAUCAAAUGUAUUUCAGGUACUUGCUGAUCAACCCCAGAGAUAGAAGGGUCCUCAUAGCUGAGUCAAUCCUGGUUCCCACCAGCUUCCGUGACACUUUGGCUAAAGUCUUGUUCAGGCAUUUUGAGGUUCCAUCAGUGAUGUUUGCUCCCUCCCAUAUGUUAACCCUGCUGACCCUGGGCAUCAACACAGCCCUGGUGAUGGAUGUGGGAUAUGCUGACACAUUUGUGCUUCCAAUCUAUGAGGGUGUGGCAGUCUUGGGAGCUUGGCAGAGCUUGCCCCUCAGUGGAAGAGCUAUUCACAAGAGGCUGGAGUCCCUGCUGCUCGCAGAGUCAACAGUGGCCACAGAAGGAGGCACAGAGUUACCUCUGUCUUCAGUUGUGGGCACUGUAAAAGAAGAGAUUCUGGAGGACAUAAAAGCGAGAACAUGUUUUGUGUGCAGUAUGGAGAGAUCAAAGAAAGUCCAGGAUGCAGCCAUGGCUCAACUGGGUCUUCUCGAUGCCAGCCAAGCUGGACAGCCCCCCACACCACCACCAUCUGUUGAGUUCCCGCUGGACGGAGCCAAGAUCCUCAAAAUAAAUGGGUCCAUUAGAGAGGCAGCCACAGAAGUACUGUUUGAACAGGACAAUGAGCUGCAGUCUGUUGCAACCCUGAUUUUGGAUGCCAUCAUUAAGAGUCCCAUUGACACCAGGAAAGAGCUGGCAGAGAACCUGGUUGUUACAGGCGGUACUGCACUGCUGCCAGGCUUCAUGCACCGUCUGAUGCAAGAAUUAAACACCCUCAGACAGUCCCCUAAGUACAGCAGCAAACUAGCUUUUGGCUCCUUUAAGAUACACAACCCUCCUGCUCAACCCAACUGUGUUCCUUGGCUUGGUGGAGCCAUCUUUGCUGCAACUGAAGCCCUGGCAUCCCACUCCUUUACCAAGGACAUCCAGUAUGAAGGCCCCCACAUCCCUGACUGGUGUUCUCUCAACAACAAGGACUUCUUCACAGAAGGAGUGGUGGAGAAGACACCUGUCUCUUUGCCAACCUUAAGAAAAACUCUGGAGGCCAUCAAGAGUAGUACAGGGUUAGGGGCUAAAGGAGGCAAGGAUUCUGGGAAAGAAUCUGGUAAAGGGUCAGCAGCAACCACUGUGAAGCUGGAAACAAGUGGGGAGAGCACGACUUAGACAGUUUUAAUCACUAUUACUAAUACAUGUAUCUAAUCAAUUGUCUACAGUAAGCUGUUUCUUCUGGCAUUGCCUCAAUACUUUGGCAAUGAAUAUUAGAUGACCAUAUUCUGGUGUGACUGGAUUCUGAUGUAACCUUCUGUUUAUUGCUUACAUUCAAGUAACAAUGUCUAGUGCUUUUUAGAGUAUUUUAAUGGUCCGUUUUGCUUUGUGUCAAGUUAUGGCCUUAAAAGAAUGCCAAUGUUGUCUUUCUUGUAAGGCUUAAAUAAUCAUUGACUGACAGAGAAAUAAUACUAAUAGCAGUUGAGUAAAAAUAACACGACAAUGUUGGAGGGCAUAAACUGCUCUACAUCUAUGAAUACUAACGUUACAGGCUACAGAUGACAGUGUUGGGUUUCUUUCAUGGGACAGUAAUGAUACUGUCAGAAUAAAGGAAAUGCAUUGACAA